GUUAAAUUCAGGGACCUCAACGUACUCGUAGGCAGCGAGCACUGCCACUGCCGAUCGCGGGAGGUCUGAUCUCGAGUUUAAUCACCUUUUGGAUGGCAAAAGAUGCCUCAGCCUGUGAUUGCUUUGCCAUCCAAGUAGUGAGGUGUGAAGUUGGCGUGUCGACUCCGUAUGUACGCUGCAGUAUGUAUCUCUCCGCUCCAGCUGUAUAUUUCGGUUGCCCUCGAUUUUGACAGGCGAUCGCAUAAUCAACAUCUAGCUCGCCAUUCGGCUCGAUCAUUGUUGAUGUGCUAGCCACAAUUCCAAGAGUAGAUAUCUACGGGAGGUACUCCACAACAUCGCUGAGGUUCUGCAGCACCCGACCUCGAAGGCUCGAUCUGGAAUGGCGGGAGCCGGCGUUGUUUCAGCCCAUUGUUUUCUGUGCUAACCGGGGUCAGCCGAGAACUGUCGGAGUGGGUGAUUUCCUGGCACUUGGGAGGACCCUGACGAGGCACGCUGAUUGAUUGACUGAAUCAGCGAGAGAGGGGCUGUGGAACGGAUGCUAGGCUAGAGGUGAGCUAAGUUCAAACCACUAACUGUAGAUUUGUUAGUCGAGCCGAAAUGCACAUCCAUGCGAAUAAUAAGAGGGCGAUUUAUUAAAUAAUAAUCAUCAUCAUAUGGGAUCUGGAGACGGGAGGACGCUGCAGUGCUCUUCCGGUUGUAUGGUACUCUUUCCAUCUCGCACCCUCUCGGCACUUGUCACGAGGGAAUCGCUCACUGUGCAAUUUCGCCCUCAAGCCAAUCCCUGCGAAUCUCCCUCGAAUAACGAUCCUUUCCCUUCUCUGUUUCUUGGAUAAGCAUCGAGGAAGCUUUCCUCAGAUUCGGGUUGAGUUUCGAAAUCGCCUGCAUCUCCGUCAGUGACAUACUUUGCCGAACAUUCGAGGUAGUCCCGAUUCUUAUUAUUCCUUCUGCCAUCUGAUCAACCCGCAAGGCAACAUUCGUCUCAUAUGCUAUUGUUAUUAUAACCGUCCAUCCUCCUUGCGAUUCUUUGCCGCUGUCAUCGCCUCUCAACGCCUGUCCUUGAUUCGCUUUCUCUUCUCUCCCUCUUUCUGUACAUCUCUCUCUUCCUCUUCCUCUUUCAGUCUUUACUUUCUUUUUCCGCCCCCAUUCGCGCUCCGUAUUCUCCUCCUUCGCCAGGCACUCCCCUGCAGUGCAGUGCGCGGCGUCCAUCCACCAAUCUGUACUAAUUUACGGGACUCAGUCCAUUCAAUUCCUUCCCCCUCCCGUCACGAACAGGCCCUUGCGCCAUCUCGUUUCGCCUGCGACCCUCUCUGGAUCAUCGCUCCGGGAUUCGUAGCCGGGUGGAGUUGGAAUCCGUGAAUGGCUUCAACGGCGUCAUUAAACCAUUUCCCAAACUGCCCACCUUGACAAGCCCCAGUCCCACCUUUCAGCGUCAAUGCGACUGGCGCUCGCUCCAACUUUAAUUAUUAUUAUCCAGGAGGCCCUUGUUGCCGUCUGGGUCUCUGCUGCGCGAUCUUAGCUAUAUUCCGAUUUGCUCCUCUGUCGCCACCCAGGGCAAAUUAAUAUUGUUCCUGCCUUCUGGAUCGAUCCGAAUUACCAUCUCUCUUGUUGUUGAACUUUGACGGUUGUUCAUCUUGGGCACUCACAAGGAAGAUAGCCCGUCAUCUUCUUCCUCGGGUGGAAUCCCCGCUUCUUCCUCAUUUCCCUGCCCGCCGCCAUCUCAUCUCUUACUCGGGGGAUUCCCAGUUUUUGGUUCCUGGGACUACCAAGACACUCGCUGUGCGUGCUGUGUAUAAUUCCUAUGAGGCUUCGUUUAGAGCACCGUUAUGCAAUCGCAUUAUUCUCGCUCUUGGACUAGCCAGCCUCCCCAAGGCGCUCCCUAUGAGUUGCCUCCGGUGCAGUCGGUGACUCCCCCAGCUCCCUUUCAGCCUGCCCCUCCUCAACCGGGCGGUUUUCUGUCUAGUCAGCCGGCGAGACCCAGCAGCGGGCUGCCGAUGUCACAUCUGUUACAGCAAUCGCCCGUGCCGACGCCUGCUACGACCUAUCAUCCAUAUGAAUCCAGCGUCUCUCCAUCAGAAACGGGGCCGGGAACUCUCCCGGAUGCGUCUAUCAAUGGCUCUGCGCCAACCGCUGGAGGGCUGUAUCGUCAUGGGAGCGGGAUAGGGCAGCACCACCAACAUUCGCAGCCUCUGCAGCAGAAGAGGGCGUACCGCCAAAGGAGAAAAGACCCUAGCUGUGACGCCUGCCGCGAGCGCAAGGUCAAGUGCGAUGCCUCCGAGUCUACUAGUUGUACAGAGUGCACCAACCGCAAAGUUCGGUGCCAGUUUACGAAGGAGACCAACAGACGCAUGUCUUCUAUCAAACAAGUCCAAGACCUAGAGAAACAACUCUGGGCGACCAAGCAACAACUCCAGCAAGUGCGAUCGGGAAUCAUGAGAACAGAGAAUAAUAUGCUGGAAUUUGACGUUGACGGGAUGGGACAACAUCAGCUAAAGCUGCCUGACAUUGGUUACAGACCCCCGCGCCGACCAAGAGCUCCGGUUUCACAAGAUCUAUCCAAUACUAGAGCGAACCUGCGCAUCUAUGGUAAGGGGAUUUGGAAGGUUCCGUCACCAUAUCGCCCGCCGGGGCCGAAAUCGCUAUUGACAUCAGAUCCUCCGCCCCUCCCUCCGCAAGAUGUUGCGCAUCAUCUUCUCGCCCAGUACCAUGCGCACAUCCACUCCACGUUACCAGUCAUUCACUGGCCGACUUUCUUGAAGGAGUACGAGGAUGUUUAUCGUGCAGGAACGCUUCUUGGAGUUACACGCGAAUGGGCGGGUGUGCUAUUUGGCGUUUUCGCCUGCGGCUCUCUGCAUACCUCGGACCCAAACAGAGAAGAAAAGGGCAAGGAGUUUGUAAGGACAUCUUGUGGUGUGAUUGAUGUCUGGCAAGACAGUUUUACUCUGGACCAGGCGCGGGCCGCCUUACUUGUCAGCAUGUUUCUCUACGAAGUCAACUCGAAAUCAGCUAGCUGGGUAUGGAAUGGUUCUGCCGUGCGAGUCGCGCAGGAAAUCGGAUUACAUCUAGAGUCUGGCCCGUGGCCUGCAUUGGAGGGCGAAAUGCGCAAACGCGUGUGGUGGGGUAUGUAUACAUGGGAUAGAAUCCUGGCUCUCGAUAUGGGCAAGCCAGUGCUUAUCAGUGAUCAAGACUGCGACAUUGGGCUUCCGUGCCCCGUCGACGAGCAGUUCAUUUCCGAAGGCGGCUGCGUGCCCGAAGGCCAGCAGACUACUCCGUUAUUAGCAACAAUCCAUGUUGUCCGAUCGAUCGGCCAGCUAACGCGUGCUCUUCGAAGUACAACCAUUAGCACCGCAAACCUCGAGACAUUCGAACGACAUUUUAGCGCCUGCCUAGCCGUCUUCCCCGAACAAUUCCACCCCAAAUCCGACCAAUACCUCGAGCCCCGAUCCCUAGCCCCGAUUAUCCACCUCCAGAAUGCGCGUCUCGUCCUCCACCGUCAUAACAUAUCUCCCUUUUGCCCACCUGAUGUUCGGUCAGCAGCGCUCGACUACUGUGUUUCCGUAUCCCAGGAGACGGCGCGCCUAUUGUCGCGAUGCAUGCGACCCUCGCCAAUCACAGGGAAUAGAGACUGGCGUGUUUUACUGGCGACAGCUGCGGGGACCAUGCUGUGCACCCACCUCUGGCGCUGUACGCUUUUGCUCCUCUUCCGCCAAGAAUACGAAGCUGCAUUGGUAUGUGUCCGGGCUAGCGCCGCAAUCAGGGAUUCCCGCGUGACCAAUGCAGCCUGUGGUCGAUAUGUUGUGUUCUUCCUGAAAUGCCUCUUGGAACGGUUACGACGCAGCGAGAUGGUGGAUCUAGAGGCGGACGAAGAAAUGAUGGCGUACGUGUCAGGCGAUAUGCAAGGCGCUAGUAAUGGUAAUUGGGUCUGGGAGGGCAGUGAGACUGGAGCGCAGUUGGACAUGUCUCCGCUCCGCAGCGGCGCAGUCAACCCUGCCGUCAGGGAUAAAAGGCUAGCCGAAGAGCCGGAGGGCUGGGAGGGCUGGGAAUGGAUUGAGCAAACGGUCCAAUAUCUCCUCGCGGAAAAGGAACACCGCGACCGGCAGCAAAGAGAGGCGCAGCUCCUUCGGCAGCCGCCAGAACCGUCGUACCGCGGCAGUGAAUCUACCACUGGCAGCCCGGACUCAGUACCAAACCAGCCGAGUUCGUCACACUCGCGCAUGACGAUUGCGAGCAUCAUCUAAGUCCGACACGGAUUUAAGUGAGGCUCGAAAGACAUAUAUUCACGUUCAGAUUUGUACGGCCUUUUACUGCCAGUGGCAUUUCUCCGCACGUGAAAUGAGAUUACGUUAUGAUACCGGCCGAUAUUUGUACAGCACUUGCUCGAACCAUUAGCCUAGAUCUUGUAUAUAGCAUUACAUAUAUAGCGCUCCGCAAGCAAGAACCAUUCAGUGAUCAUUCACAUUGAAAUCGUGUCAUAGAGACCUAUCUAGAUGAUUAAAGAAGUUCCUAUACACUCAAGUCUCCAGGUUAAUGCUCCGUCCGAACCGCGCAUACAGCGCAACCUUCAACUGCUGCAUCUCAUCGCGCAGGUCCCCUAGCGUCUCCUCGAGCAUGGCCACCUCGGAGUCGAUCUGCUCCGUUGACGAAGAUAGCAUCGUCUGCGCUUCUUCUAGCGGGAGAUGAACGAAUGAGUCUCCAAUUUUGUACCUGGGAUAAGGCGUUAGCAGUGAAUAGUGAAGAAAGAAAAGAAGACAUACGGAACCAACUCAUCCUCAUCCGCAAGCUCCAACUCCGUUGAGAUCUCCUCGAGAUCCUCUUUAUCUUUCUGCACAUCAUUGUGAAAACGGUUAGCGCACAAUUACAUCCAUCCUGUCAACGACCCCGCGAUAGCAAAACAAAUUCAAAAUCCAACACAGAAACCUUGAUUUGAUGAGAUAGAAGGGGAAAUACCUGCUUCCCCUUCAGCUGCUCCUCCAGCACCGUCUCGCGCUGAUGCAGCCGACUGAAGCGGUUAAUCUUUUCUUGGUCCUCGCGGCGCACCUCGGUGUCCUCUGUGCCGAGUGCGGCCUCGUCUUCUUUUGAAAGCUGUCGCAGAUGUUAACUUUAUUUUUUAGACAUCUGCGGGGAUGGGGGCAGCGCACCAUGCGUGUGUUGAGCAUUUUGCCGGUCUAUGUAUGUUUGUUGGCAAGUCGGAGAGUGAGCCACAGUAUCGCCAGGUGAUGUUAUUCAGGAUCUUUUGGGUUCCUGGAUUUUGAGGUGUCGAGGUGUCGACUUGGUGGUCUGUGCGGGGCAGCGGAGUAUAGUUACAGCACGGUCCGUUUGAUAUGACGGAAAGAACUAU